ACGUAGAAUUUCCUUCUCCAUUUCAUUCAUGUUUUAUUUGACUUUUUCCAUUUUCUAUUUACCAUAUUUACUAACCAACUAUACAGCAAAAUGCUUGACUAAUUAAUAAGAUUUGACCUCUAUAUAUGGCAACUACAGGGUGCCCUUUUUAUUGAACAUUAUUACAGUUACAAUAUAUACCGAGUCCCAAUAAUAAUCUUGGCCUCAUCUCAUUCCUUUUCUUCUUGCUAACGUAUAAACAUGUCCAUCCUAUUAUUCAUUGUUUGUUUUGUGGUAUGGUCCCAUAAUGUUAGAAACAGCAUGGCGAAUGGUGUAACGCUUGAAUCGGUGAGACAGUCUUUGAUAAGACAAGAAGACACCAUCAUUUUCAGUCUCAUAGAGAGGGCUCGUUUUCCCAGCAAUUCUCCUACCUAUAAUGAAUCUUACGUUUCCACUCCAACCUUUUCUGGUUCUUUGGUUCACUUUGUUGUUAAGGAAACAGAGGCCCUUCAAGCUAAGGCUGGAAGAUAUGCAAACCCUGAAGAGCAUCCCUUCUUUCCAGAUAAUCUUCCGCCCUCAGUGGUGCCGCCUUACAACUUUACAGAGAUUUUGCAUCCUCCAGCUGCUUCGAUUAACAUAAACAAGGACAUAUGGGAUAUGUAUUUUAAGAAACUUCUUCAGCUGUUUGCUGCACCGGGUGAUGAUGGCAAUUAUGCAUCAACUGCAGCUAGCGACCUUGUGUGUUUACAGGCCCUCUCCAGAAGAAUUCAUUAUGGAAAGUUAGUAGCCGAGGUAAAAUUCAGGGAAUCCCCCAAAGAAUAUGAGCCUGCAAUUCGUGCUAAGGACAGAGAUGCUCUGAUGAAAUUGUUGACAUUUGCGAGUGUAGAAGAGGCAGUGAAGAAGAGGGUUGCAAAGAAGGCCAUGGUGUUUGGACAAGAAGUGACUCUGAAUAAUGAUGACAACAAGGGAAAGUACAAGGUUGAUCCAACAGUAGUUUCUCGCCUCUAUGGGGAUUGGAUAAUGCCUCUCACUAAACUUGUCCAAGUUGAGUACCUACUAAGACGCCUUGAUUGAAGCCGUUUCCUUUAUGAAUCAUCCAAUAAUGUGAUGGAGUUUCAAAGGAUUGAAUUUUUCUUAUGAUCACAUAAUUGCUUAUUCAAGAAAGAUGAUUUUGAAUUGAGUAUCAUUUUAAAAGCUAGCAAAUAAAUCUGCAUUUAAUGAAGAAAGUUCGUCUACAUGAACAUGUAUCCAUGAUUGGAUAUAUAGAGAUAUCGAUGUA